CGGCCCGUUUGGGAGGGAGUCCGCAUGUGGUCAGCGCGGGGUUCCUAAGCCAGCCCCCAGCUCACAUUACACUCUAUUUAUAACCUCCCGAAGCCGUUUCCCCCUAGCAGGCAGGCAGGCAGCAUUCUCUGGGACCACCUUCUCUUGGCUUCUACCUCUCUCCUCCUCUUCCUCCUCCUCCUCCUCCUCGUCCUCUUCCUCCUUCUCGCCCUCUUCCUCCUCCUCGUCCUCCUCCUCGUCCUCCUCUUCCUCCUCCUCCUCCUCCCCUUGACAUCGGAGCGUCUGAAAGCAGCAGCGCGGCCGGACUAUUCCUCCUUCCUUCCCUCUCUUCCUCUUGCUUCUUCCCGGGAUUGGCACAGCCGGCGGCCAGCGGGACCGACGGACGCACAGCCGGACCCAGCCCUCUAGGCUUCUCUUGGGCCGACGCAGCCGGGCAGGGCAGGGCAGGCCGGAGCCGAGCGGAGUAGCCCGGGGUCAAGCGGGGCAGCCCGGGGCCGAGUAGGGGGCGGGGGCUCUGAGUACACCGCUGGCUGAGCCAGGACGGCUGAGGUGGAGGCAUCUGUCCGCAAGCUCCCGCCGCCGGGCAGCAGCCGCGCCUCGCAUGCUAUGGAGCACCCGCUGUUCGGCUGCCUGCGCAGCCCGCACGGCACUGCGCAGGGCCUGCACCCCUUCUCGCAGUCCUCGCUGGCCCUUCACGGCCGUUCGGAUCACAUGUCCUACCCCGAGCUCUCGCCCUCGGCCUCGUCGUGUAUAAUCGCUGGUUACGCCAACGAGGAGGGCAUGUUCGCCAGCCAGCACCACCCGCGCGGCCACCACCAUCACCAUCAUCAUCACCACCACCACCCGCAGGCACCCCCGCCGCCGCCACCUCCGCCACCCCCGCCUCAGCAUCAGGCGCUGCAGGGUAGCUGGCACCUCCCGCCCCUGGCUUCGCCGCCCGCCGCCGCCCGCCACAGCCUGUGCCUGCAACCCGACGCCGGCGGCGGCCCGGAGCUGGGCAGCAGUGGCCAGGGUCUGUGCGCCUCGUCGGGCAGCCUGGGGGCCAGCACGCCCACGGGGGCGGCUUGCGCACCAGGGGACUACGGGCGCCAGGCGCUGUCCCCUGGGGACGCUGAGAAAAGGGCCGGCAAGAGAAAGAGCGACAGUUCAGAUUCCCAGGAAGGAAAUUACAAGUCAGAAGUAAAUAGUAAGCCCAGGAAGGAGAGGACAGCCUUCACCAAGGAGCAGAUCCGGGAGCUUGAGGCAGAAUUUGCUCAUCAUAACUACCUAACCAGACUGAGGAGAUAUGAGAUUGCAGUGAACUUGGAUCUCACGGAAAGGCAGGUGAAAGUCUGGUUCCAAAACAGGAGGAUGAAAUGGAAGCGAGUAAAAGGAGGCCAGCAAGGGGCAGCUGCCCGGGAAAAGGAACUGGUGAAUGUGAAAAAGGGGACCCUGCUGCCUUCAGAGCUCUCCGGCAUUGGGGCCACUGGCCUGCAGCACACAGGGGACUCAUUAGCCAAUGAUGACAGCCAUGAUAGCGACCACAGCUCUGAGCAUGCUCACUUAUGAUACCAAGCGCGGGAUGCACUGAGCGAGCGCCGUUCUCAGGAAAGAAAUGCUAGCAUGGCGAGCCUUACUUACCCAGACAUGGUUUACAGAGGGAGAAGACAAUGGCAAUGAGCAUUGGCUUUCUGAGAGUCAGCCUUCUUUCACUUGCACCUCUUGAGCUAUAGAGGACUGACAAGUGCCACUUCUCUCCAAGGGGUCCCCACAGUGAUGAUGCUGAAGAUGGACUUGCUUGGAACAUUCCGCACUCGUAGGCCAUGCCUUGGACAAUGGGCAGGCCUUUGUUUGCUUAGCUUGCACUGAAAAAUAAAUUGCUAUUGAGAGCAACAUAGGAGACAUUUUAUCCUGAACAGUCCCAGGGCCCCGACUCACUGUUUAGUGGAUAAGAAAUGUAUAACUUUGUAUAUAUUUACCUUAAGGCAUUUUCCUGUCUUCACUAACUUUUGCAAAGCAUUCAUAUUAGCUGAUGGCAAUAGACACUCCUAAUGCCAAUCUUCAUUUUGUCUCCCUGUCUGUUUUCUUGUUCCAAAGACAGUGUACAUGCUAACAUGUGUUCUUUCCAGUAGAAGAAGAUGGAGUAGAAGAGAUGGAUGGAACACACACUUCUUUGUACCACAGACAAAACAAAUCUUCUGUUGCAUUUACUAUCAACUGCUGCUAAUAGGGUAUUAUAAACCUUACCUAGCUCCUCAAUUUUUCUAUCUUAUAGCUUGAAAAAAUAAUUUUUAAGGAUCAUAAAAGUCAAUCAUCUUUAAGAAGAGUUUGUAUGCCAACUAUUGUCCAGCGUCAUCUCUAUAAAAUAUUAGGUAUUGCUUCCACAAUGGGCAAUAUGCCAAUUCACCAGAAAAGGUUGUUUUUAUGUUGUUUUUCAAUAUGGCAUUGAAUGGCAAUAAAUAAAUUGUAAAUCAAAGUUGGUAGUUGGUAGUUCAGAAAUGGUCUCUAGCUUAAGUUCAUGUUAAUAAACCUACAUAAUGUUUCAUAUGUAUGUACAUAUAAAACACCAAAGCCUUAACAGAAAACAUGAUUGUAAUUAGCAAGAAAAGUUUAA